AAGGCCGCUUGGAAAAAAUGGGAGCCAGAGAUGACGAAUACGAUUAUUUAUUUAAAGUUGUUUUGAUUGGAGACUCUGGAGUAGGCAAAAGUAACCUGCUGUCUCGUUUUACCCGUAAUGAAUUUAACUUGGAGAGUAAAAGUACCAUUGGAGUUGAAUUUGCCACCAGGAGUAUCCAGGUUGAUGGAAAGACUAUAAAGGCUCAGAUCUGGGACACAGCUGGACAGGAGAGAUACAGAGCCAUCACAUCUGCUUAUUAUCGGGGUGCUGUGGGUGCUCUUCUAGUUUAUGACAUUGCUAAACAUCUGACCUACGAGAAUGUAGAGCGUUGGCUGAAGGAAUUAAGAGACCAUGCAGACAACAACAUUGUAAUAAUGCUGGUUGGGAACAAGAGUGAUUUGCGUCAUCUCCGUGCAGUCCCCACAGAUGAGGCAAGGGCGUUUGCAGAAAAGAACAAUCUGUCAUUCAUUGAAACUUCUGCACUUGAUUCAACAAAUGUGGAGGAAGCCUUCAAGAACAUCUUGACAGAAAUCUACCGCAUAGUGUCACAGAAACAGAUUGCAGAUAGGUCAGCUCAUGAUGAGUCUCCUGGUAACAAUGUGGUGGAUAUCAGUGUCCCUCCAACCACGGAUGGACAGAAAUCCAGCAAAUUGCAGUGCUGUCAGAACCUGUGAUUUGGACCUGACCUUAUCUGGGCUUUUGCCGAAGAAUCCCUUCCCAAAAAUUAUCCUUUUUAACCAUUCACUUUCCCUUCCUUUCGGUUAACCAGAGGUUGGAGCCAGGCAUCCAGCUGCAGUUUUCGGAAUCCACUCCGUUCAGUCGCUGGAUUAGGAAUAUUGCUUGUUUCAAGGACCCAAUUUCAUUGGAGGGCUAUCUGAUUUAGGAGCUUUUUCACUCCUUUCAAGCAAGCCUGGGACUGCUCCAUAGUCUGUAUUCAUUACAGUAUAGUCAUUGUUAGGGUGUCUUUCUCACUGGCUUUUUAUCCAGUUCCAAAUGUGUCUCCUUAAGGUGAUCUCUCAUUUGAAGAAAUUACAGACCAUUCAUUUUAUGUCUUUUAUUUUCACUGCUUAGUAGUCAUCAAGGGUAUCACUCUACCUGAUUUCACCCCACUUCCCAACAGUUAGUCUAGUGCUCUGGAAGUGUUGUGUCUCUUACCAGUUCUCCCUAGCAUGUACAUUUGCUAUUGUCUGCAAAUGAAAUAAUAACUGUUGGCUCAGAAAAAAGAAAUACCCUUGUCUUAUUGAUUGAGAUAUCAUACCUGAGGCCUCCUCUAACAUCAGUUCAGCAAUAACAGCAGCUGCAUUGUGUAGACUGCUACAGAUUGGCCUUCCGGUUAGAGCUGGAUAUGUACAAAAACAAUGUAAACAAUAUUAUAUUAUCAGAUUAGGAGGUUGAGUAGCAGCACCAUGCAUUUGAUCUAAAAAAAUUAAGUAUGAAUUGACUUGCGUACUAUAUUCUGUAGGCUACAUAAAGUAGGUACAGUAUUGUGAUGUGUUCAUUACUUCAAGAAUUCCCUUAUUCUCCCUGCACUCCUGCAUCCUUUCUAGUUGAUUUUCUUGAAGUCCCUCACUGCAUGUGUGUUGUUAAGUAGGAGGGACUAUUGCCUCUGUUGUCCAGAUUGUACUGUAUUUGACAAUAAUUGUUUAAAAAUAUCAUGCAAUGCUUUUUUUAAAGAUUAUUGUAUGCAUUAUUUUAGCACCAUGGACACUUCACAGCAGUUCUGUAACAUCCACAGUCAUUUGAUCUCGGCACCAUUGUUUCCUCUUUGCAGGGCUGUUAAUAAGGGGAGCAGAACACUAACCAGCAUUGUAUAUUGAGUUACCAACCAACUAUUAAACACAAUUUUGUCUUUUCUCAACUAGCUGGUUCAUCUAUAUCGUUAUUCAGAUACAUUGUGUUCAAUUCGGAUGUCUAUAUAUAAAUUUGUAUGGAUAUCUAUAAA